CCGCCCCUCUCCGCGCCGCCCGUGAGUCAGGGCUUUGGCGGGCGGCAGCCGCGGCCGCUCGGGGCUCGGAGGCUCCGCCGCGGGGCUCCAUGGAGAAGGCGGCGGCGGUGGUGGGCGAAGGAGGAGGUGGAGGAGGAGGAGGUGGUGGAGGAGGAGGCAGCAACAGCAGCAGCCGCAGCAGCAGCCGCCCAACCUCGGCGGGCUCCUCGCCCUCCUCCUCCUCCGCCAGCCGCGGGCUGCCCGGCCGGGCGGCGGCCGCGGGGAGGCUGGAUGGAGCCGGGGGCACCGGCGGGGGAGGCAGCCCCGGCUCGGCAGCGGCCAGCCCGGGGGGAGCGCAGGCGCCCGGCGGCGGAGGGAGGAGACGGGAGCCGGUGCUGGAAGGGACGCUGAGCAAAUACACCAACCUCCUGCAGGGCUGGCAGAGCAGGUACUUUGUGCUGGACUUUGAGACGGGGAUUCUGCAGUAUUUUGUGAAUGAACAAAGUAAAAACCAGAAGCCUCGAGGAACCUUGUCUUUAGCUGGAGCUAUAAUAUCACCCAGUGACGAAGUGCCGCACAUGCUGGUGGUCUACUCUGCUAACGGAGAGAUAUUUAAGUUGAGAGCUGCUGAUGCAAAGGAGAAACAAUACUGGAUCACUCAGCUUCGAUCCUGUGCCAAACAUCACAAGGAAGGUAAUUCUAAGAGCGUUUCAUCCUCACGAAGUAGAAGCUCAUCUCUGCUGCCACCUGGGACAGCUAAUUCUGCAUCUCCUAGUGGCCAGAAAUAUAUGAAUCAAAGCGGGCCAACUGUUGUUACCAUCACCCAUCACAAAUCACCUGCAGCUGCCAGAAGAGCCAAGAGCCAGCGUUCCGGUCAACUCCAUGAAGUCAGAGAGAUGAUGAGUCAAGUUGAGGGACAACAGAAGAAUCUCGUACAAGCCAUUGAAGCUCUCCCAAGUUCUGGACCCCUUUCUGCCUUGGAUCAGGACUUGCUGCUUUUAAAAGCUACCUCUGCUGCCACCCUGAGCUGCCUUGGAGAAUGCCUGACUCUGUUACAGCAAAGCAUGCAUCAAGUGGGCCAGCACCAUAACAGGACACUGUCAUCAGAAGGUAUCCUGGGAUGGCCUGGGCCCAAGUCACAUUCUACAGAGCAACUGAAAAAUGGUGCCCUCAGCUCCUUAUCAUCUGCUAGUGCCAACAUUACGUGGGCAAUAGUACCAUCUGCAACCCAAGAUGAACAGACACUACAGCCAAAUACAGAGCAUUCAGCUUCUGAGUUGAUCCUAGUUGAAGAUGAAAUGACAGAUACUGAAGAUAAUGAAGAGGAGGAUUUAGGAGUCAUGGAAGAUCAGCGUAGUGUAAUUCUCCAUCUCAUCUCUCAGCUUAAACUUGGCAUGGACCUUACCAGGGUAGUGCUUCCAACAUUUAUUUUGGAGAAAAGAUCCCUGCUGGAGAUGUAUGCAAAUUUCAUGGCCCAUCCAGACCUGUUUUUGUCAAUUGCAGCUGGAGCCACUCCCGAGGAAAGAAUUAUCUGCUUUGUGGAGUAUUAUCUCACAGCUUUUCACGAAGGCCGAAAGGGAGCGGUUGCCAAGAAGCCCUAUAACCCUAUAAUUGGUGAAACGUUUCAUUGCUCGUGGGAUGUGCCUAAAGAUAAAGUGAAACCAGUCAGAACUAACGGUGCCUCUGCGCUUUCUAAGGACCCAGCCAAGGAGUUUGGCCAGGAGCAGUCCACGUGCUACAAGCUGAGGUUUGUGGCUGAACAAGUGUCCCAUCAUCCGCCGGUAUCUUGCUUUUACUGUGAGUGCAAGGAGAAGAAAAUGUGUGUGAACGCUCACGUAUGGACCAAAAGCAAGUUUAUGGGCAUGUCGAUAGGUGUUUCUAUGGUAGGUGAAGGUGUUCUUCACUUGCUGGAGCACGAAGAAGAGUAUGUUUUCACACUCCCCAGUGCCUACGCUCGCUCGAUACUCACCAUCCCAUGGGUGGAGCUUGGAGGGAAAGUCAACAUCAACUGUGCCAGGACAGGCUAUUCUGCUACGGUCACGUUCCACACCAAACCCUUCUAUGGGGGGAAAGUCCACAGGGUUACAGCUGAAGUGAAACAUAAUCCCACUAAUACCAUUGUGUGCAAGGCGCAGGGAGAAUGGAACGGUACGCUGGAAUUUACGUACAGCAACGGAGAAACCAAAGUGAUUGACACCAACAAAUUACCCGUUAUCAGGAAAAAGAUAAGGCCAAUAGCAAAACAAGGCCCACUGGAAUCAAGGCACCUUUGGCAAUAUGUCACCAAUUCUCUGAAAGAAGGUAAUAUCGAUGCAGCAACAGAACACAAGCACCACCUUGAAGAGAGGCAGCGAGCAGAGGAGAGGCAACGUAUGGCUCUUACAAUGCCCUGGAAACCAAAAUAUUUUGCCAAAGAGGGCGAUGGUUGGCUAUACUUGAAUCCUCUCUGGAAGACCCUUUGACAAGAUAGAGGAGAUGUCUUAUAACUUUACCUUAAAGGCAUUAAAAGGAAACAGUAUAUAACUUGUCAGAUGUCAUUCAAAAGGUUCUGUUCUCAGAAGACACAAAUGAGAAGCUAUAUACUGUGAACAGUGCAUCUCAGAAAAACCACAAGCUCAAGUUUAUUCAGGAGCCAUUUUGUGUGUAUGGAUACACAAACAGCUGUGCGCAUGUACAUCUAUACACAUAUACACACACAGUAUGCAUGUGUGUUUGUGUGUGUAUUACUUACACUACACGUCAACAAAGUAGAAACACUAACGGUGAUUUAAAGACCUUAUCCUCUACAUGUUCGGGCAUAGGACUCGAGCUGGAAUCAGCGAGGGUUCCCCGAGUUGUGUGCUUGCAGGAUCAGGCCCUACGCUAGAAUUUAAAAAAAAACACACACUUUUUUAUUAGUACUGGUUAAGGUUUUCUAUUUUUCACUUUUGCCAAAAAAGUUUUGCACUUAAAACGUGACGUCACUCAAUGGCAGUCCUUCGGUCUAAACAGUCAUUGAAUAACUCACCUCGACACGCGAAUGACACAUUGGCAGCGCGCUCUGUGGGGUGCUGAUUUAGGAGCAUGUUUCCUGUCACUUACGAGUAUGAAUUUUCUGCCGCCAAGUAGCAAUACCUUCUCAAGAACUUCUGUUGGUCGCACUAACCCGCUGUGUCCUCAGUUUUUUGUUUGUUCCUACUGCCACACGUUUAAUCAGUCUCCGGUCACUUGUGAGCCAGCUGCUUUUGGUCUUGCCGUGCGAUGUUCUUUGGCUGUUGCCAUGCCAGUGCUUUUGGGUUACGCUGUUUUUGCCUCAGCUUUCCACCCUGACAUUGUCUGGGUCUGAGGCACCCCAGUUCGCAGCCUUGCCUUUCAAAUUAAACCACUGCUGAUGCAUUUUCGCUCACGUGCCAGGCUGUGAGUUGAGGCAGGUGAGGCGGGGUAGGGGUCCUGCUCUGAUGUGCUGCUUUGGUGGGUCUGCUCCUCCCCCAGCAGCUGAGACACUGCUGCUGUGCAUCGCUGCUAUGAAAUGAGAGAGCCCUUAAUUCCUCCUCGUUCAGGCUUCGAGCAGACCCGUGUUUUCAUUUCUUUUGCUUUUGGCCCAGGUGAUCGUUUUUGGAUGGUUCCUCAUGAGUAGAAGACAAGUAGCUUUUUCAGAGAAAUGAUUUUCUGAUGUUGAAGUAACGAUUUAGUAAAUCACUACUGAAAUAAGAACUUUAUUAAUGAAACAAAUGAAAUGGGAUGUAACUUGUUUCAUAAAAUAAAGGAGUAAACAAUCCUGUAGCUUGAUCUUGCUUUGUCAGAUAACCACUGUGACACUAAGAAGGUGGAUUCUAGAAACGUGCUAAAGCUUCGCUGCUUUUUAGUUUGUAUUUGUUACAAGUGAAGAUGUUUUUGAGAGAAGUGACAGCAAAAGGCAAGUGUAAAAUGUGCUGACUUCUGCUCAGUGCUUCUUUUACAGCUCCCCGUAAAGAAACCACUAUAUUUCUAACAUACAGUAGCAUGGAUGCUUACUUUUCGGUAGUACUGAUUAAUUUUGUGCCUUUUGUCUGCUUUCUUAAUACAACAGCUGUUGCUUUAUAGAUACUACACUAAUAUAUUUAGGUCAAAGUACUGCUUUUAUCUGUUCUUGUGUCUUGCAUUUUAUAAUGCUUUAUUUUUUUUGCUAGAUAUUAAAAUCUCUUAAGCAACCCAAAAGGCUAAACAAAGGUGUGUACACAAGGCUAAAUGGCAUUAGUUGUUCAUUUGGACAUAUUUAACAGAUCUUUGCAGAACUUCAGAUCCCUUUUUAACGAGGUCUGUGCCCCCCUUUCCUCCUAAAUGCUAUUUUGUCUGCUUGUAUAUACUUUUUUUUUUUGCACAUUAGAAAGAUUCAUGUUAUAAAUUAUUUAAAUCCUAUUUUUUAA